GACGACAGGGUGUGUGGAUGCUCACCAGUCUGGUCCUGGCCAGUGGUGUGUGAGCGUUGAGCUGUCGCUCCCGUUCACUGAUCAAUCCUAGUCUUUUUGCGAGUAAUUCAGUUACCGUGCGAGGCCGUGCAUCGAGGCUGUGAGUGUGUUGUGCAGUGAACCCAGUUUGUCACCAGGACGGUGUGUAUGGUGUUGUAGUUCACCAUCACCACCACCAACACCAUGGGUACUAACUCGAUGGUGUGGCCGUGUUUGUUGCUGCUCUCAGCUCAUCUCCUCCACACAGUGGUGUGUGAGGAGAGCGGGCCCGUGAUCGCAGAGGAACCCGACAACCGCGUGGACUUCAGCAACUCGACCGGCGCCAACAUUCACUGCUCCGUACGUGGCCACCCCAAGCCCACCGUCGUCUGGGUCAAGGCUGAUGAUGGUACUGCUAUCGGCGAUGUUCCUGGACUUAGAAAGGUGUUGUCCAACGGCACUCUGAUGUUCCCCCCCUUCCGUGCUGAAGACUACCGCCAGGAAGUGCACGCCCAGGUGUACCGCUGCCAGGCCACCAACCCCCACGGCACCGUCCACUCCCGCGAUGUUCACGUCAGAGCAGUGGUGGCUCAAGACUACGAGACUGACGCGGACAAGGAGUUCGUGAUCCUGGGCAACUCUGCCAUCAUGAGGUGCGAGAUCCCGUCCUUCGUCGCCUACUUCGUCACCGUUCAGUCUUGGCUAGACAAUGAGGGGAAAAUCUAUUAUCCAACCGAUAAUGCUUACGACGGCAAGUACCUGGUGCUGCCCUCUGGCGAGCUACACAUCCGAAACGUCAACUCUGAAGAUGGCUUCAAAAGCUACAAGUGUCGAACUGUCCACCGCCUCACCCAGGAGACCCGCCUCUCUGCUACUGCUGGCCGACUUGUCAUCUCCGAGCCGUUUUCUAGUGAAUCUCCUAAAAUCUCUGGCGCCCGGGGGGAGAGUAUCGUGCGGAAGGCGGCCUCGGGCUUCGCCGUGCCGUGUCGCGCCCAGGGCUUCCCCGUUCCGGAAUUCAGGUGGUUCAAGUUCUCGGAAAAUGCACGCAAAUCUCCAGUUGAGUUGGGUGACCGAGUGAAGCAGGUUGGAGGAACUCUAAUUAUUCGUGAAGCUAAGGUGGAUGACUCUGGCAAAUAUCUGUGUGUUGUCAACAACUCAGUUGGAGGUGAAAGUGUCGAGACUGUUUUAACUGUUACCGCACCCUUGAGUGCUCAGGUGGAACCAAAUGUACAGACUGUUGAAUUUGGUCGACCUGCUACCUUCACCUGUACCUACAAGGGUAACCCCGUCAAGUCUGUUGCCUGGCUCAAAGAUGGCGUUCCAAUCAAUCACAAAGAGGCAGUAUUGCGUAUUGACACUGUGAGUCGAGAGGACAAGGGCAUGUACCAGUGUUUUGUGAGGAAUGAUCAGGAGUCUGCACAGGCCACAGCUGAACUAAAACUUGGAGGACGCUUCGAACCCCCACAACUGACAUACACUUUUGAGACAUCAACCCUGCAGCCUGGCCCCUCAGUGUUCCUUAAGUGUGUGGCAGCUGGCAACCCUACUCCUGAAAUUACUUGGGAACUUGAUGGCACCCGACUCUCAAACUCUGAAAGGAUGCAAGUUGGCCAGUAUGUGACUGUUAAUGGAGAAGUUGUGUCCCACUUGAACAUCUCUGCAGUUCACACAAAUGACGGUGGUCUUUACGCUUGUGUUGCUUCUUCUACCGUAGGCUCAGUCAAACAUGCAGCAAGGCUCAACGUGUACGGAUUACCUUACAUUAGGCCCAUGGACAAGGUUGCUGUUGUAGCUGGGGAGAACAUGGUUGUCCACUGCCCCGUUGCUGGUUACCCCAUUGAUUCUAUUGUUUGGGAGAAGAAUGGCCGCAUGCUUCCCAUUAACCGUCGUCAGAAGACCUUCACCAAUGGCACACUCAUUGUUGAAGCUGUUGAACGCAAUUCUGAUCAAGGAAGGUACACUUGUGUUGCUCGCAAUAGUCAAGGAUAUACUGCUCGUGGUGAUCUUGAUGUCCAAGUUAUGGAACGUCCCCAUUUGAUUCAAAUUGACUUCGGCGAGUCAGUUUUUUAUGAGGGAGAUUUUGCUCAAGCCAACUGCGUCCUGCAGAAGGGUGAUCUUCCAGUAAAUAUGAUUUGGAUCUUCAAUGGUGUCACACUGCAUUCUGGUGAUGGGAUACAGAUUGACCAUAUUGGGAGAUCGAGUAUUUUGACUCUGGACCCAGUGCGUGGGGCUCAUCAAGGUGUCUUCACCUGUAAAGCUUCUAAUCGAGCUGGGGAGGAACAAGUAUCUGCCACUCUGACUGUCAAUGUGCCACCGGAAAUUUCGUCCUUUAAAUUCCCUGAGACAGCGGGACGGGAUGGUGCUUUUGCUCAAGUUAUCUGCGUAAUUGCUUCAGGAGACGCUCCCUUGAACAUCUCCUGGCUCUACAAUGGUGCCAGUGACCUACCUCUAGGCACUGAGUCACUGCUCAUUGGAGAAAGAACCUCGAUACUGACAAUUAAGAGUGUUUCAUGGCUUCAUAGUGGUGAUUAUGAAUGCCUAGCACAAAAUGGUGCUGGAAAAGCCUCCUUUGUAGCUGAAUUUUCAGUCCAGGUACCACCACGUUGGAUUGUGGAGCCCACAGAUAAGGCAUUUGCUCUGGGAAGUGAUGCCAGGUUAGAAUGUAAAGCUGAUGGAUUUCCUAGACCUUCUCUUGGAUGGAAGAAAGCUGCAGGUCGUACUCCUGGAGAUUAUCGUGACCUUGGUGUUAGUAAUCCCAAUGUGAAGGUGACUGAUGAUGGCACACUGCAGAUUGGCAACAUUCAAAAGUCUCAUGAAGGAUACUACUUGUGUGAAGCCAACAACGGAAUUGGUGCUGGUCUUUCAACAGUUAUCUACGUAAGGGUCCAAGCUCCACCUCAGUUCAAGAUUCAGUACAGAAAUCAGACUGCAAGCCGAGGAGAUGAUGCUGUACUUGAGUGCGAGGCUGAAGGCGAAACUCCCAUUGGUAUUCUGUGGAGCAAGAACAAACACAGCAUUGAACCAUCCAAUGAACCAAGGUACACAAUUCGUGAAGAAAUGCGAGGUGGUGGUGUUCACAGCAGCCUCAGCAUUAAGACAACCGAUCGAUCAGACUCUGCUGUGUAUACCUGUGUGGCAACUAAUGCUUUUGGAAGUGCUGAUACCAACAUCAAUCUUAUCAUUCAAGAACAUCCAGAACAGCCUAACAGUUUAAAGGUUUUGGAUAAGAGUGGUCGCUCUGUGGAGCUUUCCUGGACGCCUCCCUAUAAUGGAAAUUCUCCCAUCACUCGUUACAUUGUAGAAUAUAAGCUUAGCCGCCGAAACUGGGAUUCUGAUGGUGAACGCAUGAUGGUGCCUGGUGACCAAAACAUGGCUGCUGUGUUAGAUCUUCGCCCAGCUACAACAUACCAUCUUCGCAUUGUUGCAAGAAAUGAGAUUGGCGACUCUGAUCCUUCUGACACUGUUACAAUCAUUACUGCUGAGGAAGCUCCCAGUGGUCCUCCUCGUGACCUCAAGGUUGAGGCUGUAGAUCAGAGUUCUCUGCGAGUCACAUGGAAGCCACCUCUGAAGGAGGAGUGGAACGGUGAUAUUCAGGGUUACCAAGUAGGCUAUCGGCUUGCAUCAUCUAACAAUUCUUACGUUUAUGAGACUGUUGAAUUUAGCAAAGAAAUGGGCAAGGAACAUCAUCUCGUCAUUUCUAAGCUUAAUGUCUACACUGAAUAUGCUGUGGUUGUAUCUGCUUUCAACAAAAUUGGACAGGGACCAAAAACUGAUGAAAUUCGAGCUUACACUGCCGAAGGCACACCCCAACAGCCCCCCCAGGAUGUAACUUGCACUACCCUCACAUCCCAGACCAUCAGAGUAUCCUGGUCCUCUCCACCACUUGAAACUGUGCAGGGAGUCAUUAAGGGUUACAAAGUUAUUUAUGGACCCUCUGACACCUGGUAUGAUGAAGAAAGCAAAGACACCAAGAUCACUGGGUCCACAGAAACUCACCUUCAUGGUCUUCAGAAGUACACUAACUACAGCCUCCAGGUCCUAGCCUUCACAUCAGGUGGUGAAGGAGUUCGCUCACAGCCAAUUCACUGUCAGACUGAUCAAGACAUUCCUGAAUCACCUACAUCUGUCAAGGCUUUGGUUAUGUCUGCUGAUUCAAUCCUGGUAUCUUGGCUACCACCUGAGCGCCCCAAUGGAAUCAUUACUCAGUACACUGUUUAUUACAAAGAGCAUGGCAAGAGUGAUGUUGAGACUGUGCAGCAGAAACUUCUUCCAUCAACACUAAGCUAUGAAGCAACCGGACUAAAGCGCCGUGAUGACUAUGUGUUUUGGGUAACAGCUUCCACUACUGUUGGAGAAGGAGAAAUGUCACAGUUAGUUCAUCUGAAGCUCUCUAAUAAAGUUCCUGCUAAAAUUGCAUCCUUUGAUGAUGAAUAUGUGGCAACAUAUAAAGAGGAUGUGAAGCUUAUGUGCCAAGCCGUGGGACUUCCAACCCCUGACAUCAGGUGGACAAUCCGUGGAGAACCUUUUACCCCCAAUGAUCGUAUACGACUAUUGAAUGAGGGCUCCUUACUAAUCCGUGAAGUUUCACGUGAUGAUGCUGGAGAAUACACCUGCCAUGUUGAAAAUCCAUAUGGACAAGAUACUGUCACACACACACUUCUCAUCCAAGCUCCUCCUCAUCCUCCGGAAAUCACACUUCAGUCCACAACCACUAACAGCAUUGAGGUGAAAAUCAAGCCUUCUGUAAUUGAUGAUACAACUCCCAUCCAUGGAUAUACAAUUUUCUACAAGCCGGAGUUCAGCAACUGGGAAAGCAUUCAAGUUCCAUCCUCUACACGAACCUACUCUCUUGAAGGACUCUGGUGUGGAUCUCGCUACCAAAUUUAUGCUUCAGCAUAUAACAAAAUUGGAACAGGUGAAUCAUCUGAGAUUCUGAACACUCGUACUAAGGGCAAGAAACCAGAGGUUCCUGAAGUGAAUCGCUUCGUCGAGGUUUCCUCUUCAUCCAUCACCCUACACCUGAAUGCUUGGCUAGAUGGUGGCUGCCCCAUGAACUACUUUGUGGUUGAGUAUAAGGCUAGGCAUCAAGCUGAGUGGACAAUGGCUAGCAACCAAGUGAAGCCUACUGGUAACUAUGUGAUUAUGGAACUGACACCGGCUACUUGGUACAACCUCCGCAUAUCUGCCCACAAUAAUGCUGGGGCCUCAGUGGCUGAAUAUGAAUGUGCCACACUUACCCUCACUGGUGCCACGUUGCCGCCGAAUGUCAUGGACCUUUCCCCUACCUGGCUUCCUGAUUGGUGGCCGAAGUGGCUGGAUCUCAAUGUCCUGGUCCCUGUUAUUGCUACAAUCGUCGUCAUCAUUGUGGGCAUAGUUGUGAUCUGCGUAGCAGUUACUCGUCGCAAGAACGGCAUUGAGAACUUGAGACUGCGAGAGGAGGUGUAUCAGCAGUACCAGUACAAUGCCAGCAUGCCUCCACCCUCGACCAUGGACAAGCGUCACCCAGGUUUCCGCGAGGAACUCGGCUACAUUCCACCACCAAACCGCAAGCUUCCACCCGUUCCAGGCUCACAGUACAACACUUGUGACCGUAUCAAGCGAGGUGGGGGGUCGGGUCGCGGCACACAUGCCACCUGGGACCCAAGACGCCCUAUGUACGAGGAACUCUCCCUCCAUCCUCCCCCUGGACGACGUAUUCCCCCUGGAGGGCCUCAUCCACCUCAUGGUUCCCAGGACACCCUGAGAUCAGGUGGAGAUGACGAAAUCUGUCCAUACGCAACUUUCCACCUCCUUGGAUUCCGUGAGGAAAUGGACCCCCAACAGGCCGGUAACAACUUCCAGACCUUCCCUUACCAGAAUGGUCAUGGGUCUCAGCAAAACUUUGUCAACUCUCCUGCUUCUAGGAGUAUGCCACGUCAUGGGUCUGGCAACUACUACAGCUGCGUUACUGGCGACUAUAACUGUGGCCAUACCCCGAACGAAGGCCACCAGCCUCGGCACGGUUCUGGCAACUACUACUCGUGUGUGGCUGGGGAGUAUGGCUCAGGUGGUCCCCCAAGCAGCACCUACUACUCUACUGUUCCUGGAGAUAUGACUGCCUCCCGCAUGAGCAACUCCACCUUCUCCCCGACUUACGACGAUCCAGCUCGAUCUGAUGAAGAAAGUGAUCAGUAUGGUGGGUCUACAUAUUCUGGUGGUGGACCUUACGCUCGUGCUAUUGACUCCGUGUCACAGAGUGGAACUGCUAAACGUUUAAAUGGUGGUCCCCUUCCUGGAGCUGCAACCUCUGGUCACUUUUGGUCUAAGGGUUAUGCACAUAAGUUCUUAAUGAACCGUGGGAGUACCUCCGGAAGUGCAGGCCAUGGAUCACCGGAGCCUCCUCCUCCCCCUCCCCCACGUAAUGGAGAUCUUCCACUUGACUCCUCUGGUCUUGGUUCCUCGUUGAAUGACUCAAACAAUUCUACAGCCUCCAAUCAGUUCUCAGAGGCUGAGUGUGAUCAUGAUCUUGUCCAGCGUAACUACGGAGAAAAGCAUAGUGUACAAGCCAAUCCAGUGAAGGCUACCAAGAGCACAGAGGAGAUGCGCAAACUCCUGGACAAAAAUGAAGCAGCAGCCCACAUUCAAAAUGGAGGCCUAAGGAUGGUGAGUGAUGAAAUGAACGUGUGAGGUCCUCUAUACCUUUCUGAAGGACCCCGUCAUCCCCGUGCCAUACGAGGCAACCUGGUUACCGCCCCAUGUCACUAACCACAGAUCAUUGAUACCAAGCACCCCUGUUGAACACAAAUACUCAGCAAUAUACAAGAUACUGUAUACUGAGUGAGAAAAUGUUAUGAAAAUAUUCUGAAGAGACUAGUUACCCCUGGCAAAAAGGUUACAGAAAGAGAGAGCAUAGAGGUUAUUAAUGACAGUGACAAAAGGAAUUCAUACAAAUGAUUUAGCAUGAAAGGAUCAUGUGAAGAAUUAAUUACACAAAUUACAAGCAAUGAAGAAUAAAUCAUCUGUACCCUGUGUGAUACUGAUGCUCUCUACACUAAUUGAAAGCCUCAUGAUAUUAUUUUCAUUGCAAGCAGCAAGUUGGCAUGAUGUGCAUUAGCAAUGAAGAUCCAAAUGAGGUUAUAUCUUGGCUAGUUGUAUGUGUUCAAAGGGGGUGACUGAAUUCUUCUUUAUUGUUACUGCGUCACAGUUCCCCCCCUCACCCCCCCGCUCAUGAGAUUAAUUAACCUGCUGUGGACUCCAUUGUUGUACUCCCCUCAUUACCAAGGCAAGCCCACACUGAUUGACGUUUAAGCUUUGAGUGUUUCUUGCAGUGUUGUGUAUCACAUAACAGUAGCAGUAUUCUUUCUCUGCCCUCUGCUCAGUUUGAAAUCUGAAUUUGAAAGCAAGUGCUUCUGUUGUAGUGUUUUUUGCACCGGUAUUUUGAGGGCCAUACCGUCAGCAAUGCAUUUAUUAUGCAGUAAACCCUACCCAUAGCAGUUAAUGGAUUGUCUUCAAUGGCCAUUGGACCAUAAGUGCUGUGCGAUAGUAUGAACUGAACUAAGUAUUGCUGUGUGAAUCAUCCAUGACGGUGCUACUUGGAAGUGACUCUCGACUUGUUUGGUGUUCUACGUACUUUGUGAUACGACCCAAGUCUAGUCAAGGGCGGGGGACAAAACUGUGUAUGUUUGCCUGAACCUUUGUGACGCAUAUGUAACCAGUAUGCUCAGUUUUACUAUUUUUUAAAUAAUUAACAAUAGUAGUCCAAUUAAGGAGUAAGACAGAGAGAAUGGCAGAAAAAGGGCUAUCAUCUGAGGGAAGGAGCCAUAUAUAGUAAGUUUGGCUAAGAAGAUAUAGUGUUAACUUCUCAACCAUGGUUGUUUCGUAAUGCUUGGCUACAGGGAUACAUACGUAGAGAUUCUGCAGAUACUUGUAUAAUUAUCUCGCAAAUUAUAAAUAUAAGCCAUGAUAUGAUUUUAAUGAAGCCCGAAGACAUCUCUGUAAGUGCACAAACCAAAUGCCAUCUCCCUGUCUACUCAUUUGCCGCAGCGUUCCUAGGUGUUGCUUAAUUUCCGCAGCUUGCAAGACAAUAUGUAAUCAGACCAGCAAUUUUGGAUCUUACUCAGGGCUACAAUAUGACAAAUUGUGCAUUUGCACUGAAGGAUAAAAAGUUUUAUUAAAUCCUAAAAAUAAGGACAAAAUUGCUGGGAGCAUCACAAUAUCCAUUAUAAAAUAUAUUGUAAGGCAUCUUGCUAGGUAAUACUUUAUUUGUAUAUGAAAUUCAUCAGUCUUAGGAACAGAUUGGCAAAUUCUCAUUGCCAAUUCAUCAGUUUCUACUUAAAUCCAUUUCCAUGUAAACUUUUCUUACGAAUCUAAGAUAAAAAUGUUGACGUGUAAGUAUGUGUGCAUUGCUUCUUCAUAGUGUUAGAAUUGUGUGAAAGUGAGUAUUAUAUUACAAUAGAUAAUAAGUCGUUGCAGAACUGUUGUACUUCUAUAAAUAUUGACAUGUGUCAUGCAGGUGUCUGACAAUAGCUGUAACCCUCAAGUCCUCUGAGCAAUGUUUUGGAAGUCUGAGGAAUUUUUACAGUUUAAAGCUGAUAUAUAUUUUAGUUCUUUUCCAGAAUAUAAUUGAAGAUUCGUGUUAUGGUACGACAUAUUAAACAUCAUGGAUUUAUACAAUACAAGGAUUGUUGUACGAGACCAUGAACCUACAUAACACCCCUUUUUAUCUAGUGUUCAUCUCAUUCAACCAAAACAUGCUGAUAUCUUCCAUAAGCUCAAGUGUAAUACAUGUAGUCUUUGAUAAAUGUUGCCAGUGUAAUCUCCGCCUGCCCUAAAUAAUUAUUCAAUUAUUGAUUUGCAGUUUAUUGGUAAUGGAGUUACUGAAGGCAUUACUACCUGAAUUGUAGAGAGGUCAUGCUUUCUAUCUAUGCAUAUGUAUAAUUUUACCCCCAAAAUGAUCAGAAAAAAUAAAUUCCCCAAAAAGUAUAAAAUGCUCAAACUGUUUGAGUAGAUAAAUGAACGCUUUUUCUACUGCUUUUAGGUAGGAUUAAUUAAUGUUGAAAUCUCAGUACAGUAUUAGGCAAUAUAGAAAUACAUGCAAGACCUAUAAAGCACAUUUCCUUGGAUUUUGAUUCAACUGACAAUUUUUGUAUGUAUGUUAAGAAUUGUCUGUUAUUGAAUUGUUUGUACCAUUUCUAUACACAUAUGUGUGUGAUUAUGCAUCAUAGUAGACAUUGCUUGUCAUUAUCUUGACCAGGGAGGGUGGGUGCUAAUGGGAGGGGGACAGUGGUGAUCAAUAGCAUCUUGACCAGCACCCUAUCAUGGGUCGCAAUAUUGCAUGAUAGCAACAGAAUGCACCAUAAGGUGCAGAAUAAUCUGUAUUUGCUGUUUAUGACACUUGGAAAUAAGAGAGAGUUCUAUUUUUAUUAAAGUGAUCAUGAUACAUUACAAAAAAGAAUAAUAUGGGAUACUAACAGAAGGUCAUUCUGUUAUGAGUGAAAUGAGACUUAAAAGAAGAGGUAAUGAUGAAAUACUCUGUGUUACAGUAGUUUGGUAUAUUAUUAGGAAACACACGACUGACUGAAUAUUGUAAAUUCAAAGUCACUGAUAAUUUCUCAUUUCUAAAUUUGGCAGUUUUUAAAGGGGAUAAACUGGUCCAGAUAUAGGAAUGACAUUGAAAUUGCAUUCAUGUACCAGAAAUGAGUUAUUGUACUAAAUGAUCGUAAAUAAAUAUGCUGAUCUAUUAAAGUUAACAAUUGCUUAACAUAUGUACCAGGUAUAUAAAUAAUGCAAAAUAAAGAAAUUAUACCACAUAUGUUCUAUGACAAGAAACUCAUACAAAAUGUCAGUCAAUUAAGUCUACAGAAUAUCAAGGGAUGAAUAUCAAGGAAUGCCCUGAUGUCCCCCUACCCAGUAGUUUUGUCUUUCCCUGUAGAUUAGAGUUACACAGCCAUGGUUUUCUUUUAUUAAUGUCAAUGUAACCACACAUAAAGGUUAUUGAUACUUAAACACUGAGAUUGCUAGAUGUUUAAUUAUACUGUAGCGGGUAGGAGAACUUGAAGUAUUACCACUGCAUGAAUUGUACACAUUGACAUUAUAUAACCAAGUUUUCAAUGGUAAAUAUAAUAUUUGUUUGUUUCAUACAACACAGUGCUCUUAUUGGCUGAGCAACGUAGUGUGUGACUGUUAGCUGAUUAAGGGGUGACAUUAUAUGAAUCCAAGAAGAUACAACUAGAAGUUGUGGACUCAUGAUACUGCUCAGUAAGGUCCAUUUAUCCUAUGUUUUAUAUAGGAAUAUUGGCUUUCACAAGGCAGCAUCUGAGACAUACAAUCACCGAUUAUGUCACUUGUUUACCAGCGAGAAUCCAUUAUAAGCAUUUAAAUAUUCUCCAUGUACUCUGACAUCUGUGUUGCUUGAUUAUGUCAGAAGUUUCAUAUGGUUAGGGUUUGUGAGCAGGUAUGCUUUAUUGCAGAGUUUUUAAUGAAGCUGCACAUUCUUUCAAAGUUAAGAAUAUGCAUUUAUGUUUAUAAAUACAUAAAUAUUUAUAAAUAUUGAUCUAUUAUAAAAAGCUACAUCUAAUGUGAACAUGGGCAAUAAAGCAUCAAGCUUUCAAAUCUUUGCACAACUGAAAUUUCUAGAUUGUUUCUCGUAUAGUUUUGUGAAAUUGUGUUUGCCUGUGUUAUCAUGGGUUUAAAAUAUCCAAAUCUGCCUAAAGGAAGAAAACAUUUGUGAGAACCAGAAAUUAUAUGAAUGUGUUUGAUAUUAUAAGAAUUUGUAUAAGUCUCUGCGCAUGUGGUUGUACUUUCCAAGUGAAAGCUGCUUGAUAUUAGCAUUGUAUGGCUUAUAGGAAAUUGUCAGGGUAUUGCAACGAAAUUCUUAAUGUUUAUUUGGAAUGCAUCAGAUUUUAAACUAGUAUGAUUGCCUAAAUAAAAUAAGUAUUGCCACUGUACUGAAUGUAAUUAUAAAUUUGCUUUACUAUGUCUCUGCUUAAGACAAAAUAGACUUAAUGGAUUAUUUAAUUUCAAUGCACUGGCAGGAAUAGUCUUUGAUGAUAGGUAGGGACAGUUAGGUAAGUAGAACCGAUAUAAUAUAAUAUGGAAAUGGAAACUUUUAUUAAGGAAAAUGUAUUUAUGGUAAUUAGGAGUAUUAUAUAAUGACAGACUUCAUGACAUUAAACAACCACUGAACACUCAGUGUGACAGGGUGAAUCUCAAUUAUGCAUGACGGAUGUAUCUUAUGAUAAUUUUAAAGGCUUUGUUUGAUACUGUAUUAUUAUUAAAUUGUGACUAUGGAGCAUGUAAAAACAUAUUAUUAAAAACUCUUCCUGAGGGCAGAUUACAAGUGUUAUGAGACAGUUCUGGUUAUUUAGCAAUUUUUACAAUUUGUAGGUACUUCGAAAUGAUGGCUCUUUAUUGCCUCAGUACAAUUAGCAGAAUACUGUAUCCAAUUCAGGGACAAAGUAUCAGCCAACCAGAACCUCUCAUUGCACUUGUAAAUUGUGUUGUGACAAGGGAAUCUGCGCCUUGUUGGGUUUCUAAUUAAGGCUCGGUUUUGCUCGUCACUUCACAUUUUCUACCAAAUAUAGUGUAAACAAUUAUGUAUCAUGAAAUAAACCAUGAGAAAUA